AGAUCAGUCCAGUAAGCAUCUCGUGGAGUCACCGGAGAAAUUCGUAAAAUCAGUGAAACUUUCCUCGCAAAAAUGCUGAAGUUUAUUUGCGCCGUGGCUAUUAUCAGCAUGACUCUGCUCGAAAUUGUUCAGGCACAAAGACCGGCUUUUGCGGGCUUGAGGCCGCCAGGUGGACUGAGCCAAAAGGACAAAUACCACGCAACUCAGAAUACCGCUGCUGAAAAUAUCACCGGAGUGGAUAUAGCUACGAGAUUCGGAGAGCCAUCCAGUUCGCAGCCUGCUAUUAUCAAUCUGCCCUUCGGAGCAGCCCAGAAUCCGCCUGUUGGAGUUCCACUGGUGCUGCCCAUUAGCAGUUUUGCUGGGGAGCAGGCUCCCACUGUGGCGAACCGCUUUGGAGCUGCUGACUCUCCAAGCCCUAGCCCCAGUCUAAGCUUCAGCUCAAACCCAAGCCCAAGCCCAAGCCCGAUCCCACUCCCAACUGCUAGUUCCUCGACCGGAAGCUCCACAACCUCGGCGGCCCCGGUUUUAAGCCAGCUCCCCGUCGACGCCCAUGGGGAUCGGGAGUGGUUCAACCACUUGAGUUCGCUACCCGUGGAACAGCAGCCCUUCUGGCUCAUUAACUACCAGGCCAUCGAGGCCCAUCGGAACAGUUCGAGACCCAAUGUGGGCGCCUUCGAAACGCGGGGAUCUUUCUUCCGCGGCUAAAAGCGUCAUUGGGAUCUUCUUAAAGUCUACGCCUAGAUCAGAUUUUGUUAAUGUGUCUGAACGUAUAUGUAUAACAGUUUAUUUAUUUUCAUAAAGAAUACUCACUUUUAAAA